AUGCGUCAACCAACACACGACGGGCUGGACGAAGAAGCUGGCGUUCGCCACCCUGUCCGACCUGAGCGGAUUGACAGUCAUUCGGCGGGCAGCACGACUCUACCUGCGCCAAGUGCCAGCCCCACUCUUGCGGAAGAGCGCAGCGCGGCGGGCACGCUCGUCGCCAUUGGAUAUCAGACGUACGCGUAUGAGAAGCUCUUGGAAGCACAACGCGAAAACGCUGAAGUUGUUCUGCCGACCUUCGACGACACUGCCUUAGCAUUGUACACGUCUCACAGGGAGGAUCUUCCGCCCCGCCAGCUGUACUAUCCUGAAGAGAACUACGCCGCGUCUCGCCAUCACGAUGGUCGUCAUGGUGUGUACACCCAUCACGAUGACGAUUAUGGUGCGUCCGCGCGUCACGACCGCGGCACCUACAGUGAGGGCUCUUCGAGGACUGUACCAUAUGAGGUCUGGGAUAAGCGGGACCGCUCUCAAUUCCCCCAACUCGCCCCUCUGCCUGAGUCUCACUCGCACAAUGACGGCCAGUAUCGAUACUCAUCCCCGCCGCCACGUCGCGACCCUUUCCACCUCCGCGGGGACACUUACAGCGACGGCCGACGGUCCGCCAAGCUUGCACCACUGCCAUCCCUUCCACAGCUGGGCCCGAUGCCCUCCUUCGUGCAGCCCAAGCAGUCCAGGCACGACCGUGAACCUUGUCACACUUAUAAGCGACACGAGGACCAGUGGCGCGAGCGGCGCCGCGACCGCGCGGCUCCUUAUCCUCUUCCCAACUACCCCGCCUAUCGCUCUGACAACGAAGCCGGGCACUACGUUGACCAUCGUCAUCAGCAGAAUUACGAGCACCAGCCUCCACUUCAACCCCCGAACUGGCCGCCUCCGGAAGAGUAUCACGCCCCGGGCACUGCUUCGCACCAUCACACGAUGCCUGCCCCCAACGCUCACGCUACUGAGUACGGCCAGCCCGCGCAGCAGUAUUUCCAGCAGCAGAUCGAGAAUAUCCACCCCGCACUCCUGCCGCCCAACAUGCCCGCCGCCGCUCCAUCCAAGCGCGGCCGGUCCUGGAAGAUCCCGCCCGCUCCUACUCGUGGAAAGGCGCCUGCGCGCGGCAAGGGAGCUACUCGGGGCAAGGCGCCGACCCGCAAGAACCCGCCCCGUGGCAAGGGAAAGCAGAAGGAGACCACUCCACAGCCAGAGCCAGAGCGUCCUGUCAGGUCGCCAUCUGUCACUGAGAUCCCGGACUCGCCGGCGGCGGAGGCUGUUGAGGCACCGAAGCAGGUUGCAGCGACCAAGGGCAACGUGGACACCGUUGGAGAGGGGACGGAUGCGGGUGACGAUGGUCAGGUGGAUGAUGUUGUCAUCGCCAUGAGUUCCACUGAGGGUAAGACGGGACAGGAGGCUUCAGGGAAGAAUGGUCCGGAGCCGGACGCUGCAGAGUAUUCUGUCGAGGGUAAGACAGACGGUAGGGCGAGUAUGACGGAAAGCACCGACGUCGUCGCCUCUCCAACCCCACAGUCGAUGUGGUAA